UUUAAGUUUAGCAAUGACGAUCACACCGGCGGUCCGAGUUUCAGACCGGAAGCUGGUCGCUAAGGACCGCGAUUUCCUCACGAACAUCCCGGAGAACGUCACUGUCGCCUCCGGGUCGGAUUCUGGUUCGACAGACGGAUUAUUCUUGGGAGUGGUUUUCGACUCUGAAAGCUGCCACCAGGUCGUCCCGCUGGGGAAGCUCCACGACGUCCGGUUCCUUGCUACUUUCCGGUCGAAGAUGUGGUUUAUGUCACAAAUGAUGGGGACCCACGGCCGUGACGUCCCCGCCGAAACCCAAUUCCUUCUCGCCGAAGUGAAAAAAAGCCCUGCUCCGGCCGCCGACGAAGAUGUUUACUGCGUAUUCCUCCCGUUGAUUGAAGGGAAAUUCCGGGCUUGUCUUCAGGGGAAUUUAGACGACGAGCUGGAAUUGAUCCUCGAAAGCGGGGAUCCGGAUGUGGUCGGGUCGGAGUUCACGCACUCUGUUUAUGUCCAUGUAGGAUCCGACCCGUUUACCGCCAUCUCCGACGCAGUAACGGCGGUGAAACUGCACCUGAAGAGCUUCCGGCAGCGGCAUCAGAAGAAGUUGCCGGGAAUCGUGGAUUACUUCGGGUGGUGCACGUGGGACGCGUUUUACAAAGAGGUCACCCAGGAGGGGGUGGAGGCCGGCCUGAAGAGCCUAUGCUCUAGCAGGACGCCGCCGAAAUACGUCAUCAUUGACGACGGCUGGCAGUCGACCGCCGGAGGCCCAUCAAAGGAGGACUCGGUGAUGAGACUGACCGGAAUAAAAGAAAACGCCAAAUUCCAACAGCCCGACCCUAACAACACGGGAAUCCAGAGCAUCGUCAACAUCGCCAAGCAAAAGUACGGUUUAAAAUACGUUUACGUUUGGCACGCGAUGUUAGGGUACUGGGGCGGAGUCCGACCCGGAGAGAAGGGAAUGGAGAAAUACGGGUCAGUGCUGAAAUACCCAAUUGUCUCAAAAGCGGUUAUGGAUAAUGAACCGACCUGGAAGACGGAAGUAAUGGCGAUUCAGGGGCUGGGCGUGGUGAACCCGAAAAGUGCCCACAAGUUUUACGAUGACAUGCAUAGCUACUUGGCAUCGGCAGGGGUUGACGGGGUGAAGGUGGAUGUGCAGUGCAUAUUGGAGACCAUUGGGAGUGGAUUUGGGGGCAGGGUGGAGAUCACAAAGCAAUAUCAUCAAGCUCUGGAUUCUUCUGUAUCCAAGAAUUUCCCUGAUAAUGGUAUCAUUGCUUGCAUGUGCCACAACACUGAUGCUCUUUACUGUGAGAAAGAGGGCGCAAUUGCGAGGGCAUCGGAUGACUUCUUUCCGCACGAUCCGGUUUCACCCACCAUCCUUAUUGCAGCAGUUGCAUACAACAGCGUUUUCCUGGGAGAGUUCAUGCUGCCUGAUUGGGACAUGUUCCACUCUCUCCAUCCAACUGCUGAGUAUCAUGGCUCAGCAAGGGCAAUCAGUGGCGGUCCUGUCUAUGUGAGCGAUGCACCUGGGAAACAUGACUUUGAUCUCUUGGAGAAGCUUGUCCUCCCUGAUGGUUCAAUUCUCAGAGCUCGUUUACCUGGCCGCCCUACAAUGGAUUGUCUCUUCUCUGAUCCUGCUCGUGAUGGCAUCAGCUUAUUGAAGAUUUGGAACAUGAACAAAUACACUGGAGUUCUGGGAGUGUACAACUGCCAAGGUGCAGCGUGGAAUGCCAUUGAGAAGAAAAACAUGUUCCACGAAACGACAUCCGAGGCAAUAACAAGCCAUGUAAGGGGCCGAGAUGUUCAUCUCAUAUCCGAAGCAGCUUCGGGUGACUCCAACUGGAACGGGGACUGUGCAGUUUACAGUCACAGUCGAGGCGAACUCAUUGUUCUCCCGAACAAUGUGGCCUUGCCUGUAUCCUUGAAAGUCCUGGAGCAUGAAGUUUUCACCAUCACACCAAUCAAGGAGGUUGCCCAAGGGUUUAGGUUCGCCCCUCUGGGACUUAUUGACAUGUUCAACGCUGGAGGAGCGAUUGAGGAACUGGAGUACGAGGUGAAGACCGGUACAGAGGUGGGUGUAGUUUCAGUGGGGGUGAAGGGUUGUGGUCGGUUUGGGGCUUACUCAUCUGUCAAGCCAAGAAGCUGCAUGCUUGGAGGAAUUGUGAGUGGUUUUGGGUUUGAUUCAGAUUCCGGAUUGGUGACUUUGAAUCUGGAUGAUAUGCCUCCUCAAUUGCACCGCGUUGUGUUUGAGUUGUAGGGUAAAUCAUGCUACAUGAAUUUCCUGUUCAUUAGCUAAACUGGGAAUCAAGUCACUUUGGCCAAUGGGAUCUUUUUUCCCUUUUAGAUUAUUGGCUUCUACGGAGUAUUUUGUUUUGGGCACUUCUACCUACCACAAUAAAUUUCAAUUGAUUCCGUACAAAGUUUUUACUUCAUA